ACCGUAUUUAUAAAUAUAAAUCAAUCUCCCCACUGUCACAUAUUACGCAAUUUCUAAUCAUUUACACUGGUAUAUAAAGCAAUUAAAUUCAAUACCGGCAAAAUUAAACUCAAUAGUUGCGAAGCUCGACAACGACUCACUCCUCAAAAUGAAGAUCUACGUGUUCGCCCUUUUGGUUAUGGCUGCGGUCGCUUUCGCGCGCCAACUUCCCGUCGAAGAUUUAAAUAAAGAUGAAGUGCCCCUGGAUAUCCUAUAUUUGCCGCUGGCAAGUGAAGAUGAAUCCUCACCUGUCGAACAUCAUCGCGAACGUAGGUUCACCUGUAAUAACAACGCUUGUAAUGCUCACUGUAUCGUCAGAAACCGCAAAGGAGGAUACUGUAACGACAAAAAUCUUUGCGUAUGCCGCAAAUAAAAACCAAUGAAGAUAUUCUAGUUACCGCGGAAGUUGUUUUAGAAAAAGCCGCCUCACGGAAAUGGU